AUGCGUGGAAAAAUAACAUGGCUACUCAUUGUCACUUGGGCAUUGUUAGCUGCUCUCGUGUCAGCAGCCAAAGAUUAUUAUGACAUAUUAGACGUUCCUCGCGACGCGCAAAAAGCACAAAUCAAGCGACAUUUCAAGAAAUUAUCCAGAGUCUAUCAUCCAGACAAGAAUGAUGGCGAUGAGGCAGCGUCGCAGAAAUUCAUGGAAAUUGCUAAUGCUUAUGAGGUCUUGAUGGACGAUGAAAAGAGAUCCAUUUAUGAUCGCUACGGAGAAGAGGGAUUGAAGCAGAAUGGAGGUCAAGGAAGAGGCGGAGGAGGAGGAUUCCAUGAUGCAUUUGACAUCUUUUCUCACUUCUUUGGUGGUGGAAGGCAGCAUCAAGGGCACCAAGAAAAGAGAGGACCUGAUGUUCUCAUUCCAUUCCAAGUGACAUUAGAGGACCUGUACAACGGAGCAGACAUUCAAUUAGACGUAUCCAAGCAAGUGCUAUGCGACCAUUGCCAUGGCAGUGGCGCACGCAAACCAGAGGACAUCCAUACAUGCGAUCAAUGCGAGGGCCGUGGUAUGAUCAUCAAACGAGCACAAGUAGGGCCUGGCAUGUUUCAGCAGUUCCAGCAGGCCUGUCAUAAAUGCGACGGUAAAGGCAAGGUCAUUGAUCAUGUGUGCCCUGUGUGUGCUGGCAAAAAGGUGCGCAGAGGCAACGAAGACUAUUCACUGCACAUUGAAAGGGGAAUGCAAGACGGACAACGCAUUAUUCUGGAUGAAGAGUCAGAUGAAUAUCCUGAAACGAUUCCUGGCAAUAUUAUAUUUGAAGUGAGGACAGCACCACACGCAACAUUUGAGAGGCGGGGCGACCAUUUGUAUACCAAGCAAUACAUUACACUGAUUGAAGCGCUCGUGGGUUUCAAAAAGACAGUGGCACAGUUGGAUAAUUCUAUCAUUGAGCUUGUAAGAGAAGGUGUCACACAGUAUGGCUUUGUGCAAACAAUCAAAGGUCAAGGGAUGCCACAUCAAGACAAUCACUCUCAGCAUGGUGAUCUGUUUGUGGAGUAUCAAGUUAUGUUUCCCAAAGAGAUAGACCCGGAGACCAUUGAAUACUUGAAAAAGGACACACAUCUCACUAGUGAAAACCAACCUCAUUUAAUUCAUCAAGAACUGUAA